AUGGAUGUGAUUGUCAACUUACAAGCUGCUGUAACAAUAACAGCAGGUUUAGCCGGCGCUAGGUAGCUAUGACCAAUUCACAAAAACAAAAACCCGCAGGUUAUAAAUAGACGUCCCGCUUUUGCCAGAACGCAGGGAGAGGAAACCUUAAGAGCUUUUCAAAUGGCUUUCAAUUAAUUUAAAGCCGCCAAAUUCUAUCGUGUAAAAUAUAACAAACAUCUUUUAUACAUGACCUGAUUCAUGGUUGACGAACAAAAAAUGUGGUAGAAUUUUGUAGGAUAUCUGAUCAUUGGCUCCGGAAAGACUUCAGGUUAUUAUAAAAGGCAUGUGCAACCUGGAAAAAGGGCUCGCAUGAAGAAUUUUCGAUCCUGCCAACAUUCUGCUAUCCAAAUGUUAGGUUGACUGACAACAAAACAACCAUGCCUGUCUUUCCCUUCCCUCAAAAACUGAACAAAUUUUAAGGUAAAAAUCAGUUAUUUACCGCAGUGGCCAUUAAGAAUGUAUCAACGGCUGAAACAUUUUCCCAAUCAGUCGAUUGAUUUUAUGGACUAUUGCUUUAUGCUUCAGGGCGAAGUCACCACGUUAUAUUGUUUUAACGCUACACCCAGACUAGAAAAUCUACGUCAAACCUUUCUCUUAUCUCUGUCACACGAUCCAGUCACAUUUCGUGUAACCUCGUUAUCAACACUUCAGGAGCGAAUAGUAACCACAAUUAUUCAUUCAUUGAUUCAUUGAUUCAGGUGGCCUCAGCCGAGCUAGUCGACUGGCCGCCCAGUCUAUGAAUGUAGACACUAAGUGUCCGUGUGUUGGCCGCCACAGGACAAACUGAAUUGCUGGUGACGGUGGAAAUGGCUAGCAAGACCUGCCCUUCUGAAUCCGAUCCUGUCUUCCACCUCCAGUACCUCCAGUAAUUUCCAGUGUUUUCUUUAUUUUCAGAUUUCAAACGUGAAGCUUUCCCUUGCGGCUACAGCUGUCCAUCUUACUGCUCACCAGAAUGUUCUGAUACCUGCUGUAACCCUUACUCCAUACCCCCAGCUCCUGCCCCACCUCCUCCUCCGCCACAGCCUGGACCACCAGGACCUGAUGGCCCUGUAGGCCCGGUAGGACCUCCUGGGCCAACUGGGCCUAAGGGAAUGCCGGGUCCUCCAGGGCUACCGGGACCCCCAGGACUGCCUGGAGCCCCUGGUAGCUUAGCUGGUCCGCCUGGUAAGUACGAUACAAGCUCAGAAAAAAACUUGUUUACACACAUAACAAAAAUGCCUGUCGCCUUCCCUUAUCCGUUAAGGGUAACACCAAAGUUAUACGCCUUAGUUUCUAGACCAAAGCAACACUGAAAAGAGGGUUGGAAGGGGGCUUACUUUAUUACUUUGUUCUGUUUAGACGAGAUGGUUGUAUGGUGCGAAAUUAUAGACUACUAUAAGCUAAUUUUCAGUUAUCGGUAAAUCAUCUUCACGAAUAUUUCUCUUCUAUUAAGGCAUUCCUGGGUCUUCUGGAAGUCCAGGACAACCUGGAAGUAUGGGUGAACCAGGCGACAUGGGAUCCCCGGGCCCCGCUGGUCCCCCGGGACCAGCAGGCCAAACAGGACCAAUGGGUAAGCUGCAAGGAAACUUGUCAAAGUUGUUUAGAUCGAAAUGUCUCUGACAGUCAGCGGCUUAUAUUAUGGCGUAGUUUGUUAGCUUUAGCUUUUAAUCUACUCAACCUCUACCCAGCAAGUUAUGAAGAUUCCCUAAAAGUUCUUCAGGCGAGCAGAUCAAACCACAAUACAACCCAACACUAAUUAUCGGAGCCAAAAAAUCAAACAAACAUAUGUAGUUCGACCUCGAGCGGGUGAUUGUUGAUUAUCUUGAAAGAACAGAAGUCGAGGUAAGGUCACUUCUUUUUCACAAUAUGGAAUAAUUUGGUAUACUUUGCAAAAAUUAAACGAGGAUUUAAUGUGUUUUUUUUUUUUUUUUAAAGACCUGUCCUUUUGACAUGUUUGUCAUUUGGAUUUCAACAGUUUUGAGUGGGUGGGGAGGGAGGGGGGAGGGGUCGAAAACCUGUCACUUUUAAGUCGCUAUUUUCUACUCGAUAAAGAGAUGGUUACGUUCUGGUCGCCUGAAACCACUUGAACCUUAUUCAUUUUCACGCCUUGUGCCGUUUUGUGCCAUGACAUUGGUAUUGUGACUGUAUAUACAUGGAUACAAAGUGUAUUCACUUCGAACUCUGGAAAAGUAGUAGGCCAUUACGGUUCAGUGUUCCCUAAUGUAAAUCCCGUUUGACUAGCAAUCGGGGGGUUCGUUAGCUCAAGUUGUUUCUGAUAUUUUUCAGUGGAUUGUCUAUAAACCACAGCUUGGGCACCUAUUCAACAAUUCCACUAUCUAUAAAAAAUAACUAUUCCUUUUAUAACAGGACCGAAAGGAGUUCCUGGUGAAAACGGCCCCGUGGGCGCUAUGGGAGACAUGGGCAUCCCGGGAGACCAGGGUCUUCCAGGUCCCCCGGGUCUUCCAGGACCAGCAGGACUACCCGGAGUUCCAGGUACUCAAGCCAUCGCGCCAUGUCCAGAGAUUUGUGAGACUAUCUGCAUUAGCACAUGUCGCAGCGACUGUUGCAAACAGAAUGAUGCUGCUGCAUCUGGAGGUAACCGGAACUUCUGUUCUAAGAAAUACGUUUUUCCUUUGUUUGUAAGGGAGCAAGGAUUUGCUGCUCAGGUCACCAUUUGUACUCUUCAAAUUACGCACUUGAAACCAAAAAUGGUCCGCAUGACAAGGGAUCUUGAAUUAUUGGCGACUCUCUUUUAUUUAAUAAAAGGUCAAUAUUGCAUGUUGCCAACAUAGAUCUGCUCAACGCAUGAGUAAAUUCAAAAAUACAGUCGACUCUCUUAACGGACACCUCUAUAAGACGGACACCUCUCUAAAACGGACACCUAGAGUUGGUCCCUGCCUUUGCUUAUUCCCUUUAUUUGACUCUUCAUAAGACGGACAUCUCCCUAAGACGGACACUUUGUGCCGGUCCCGAAGGUGUCCGUCUUGGAGAGAGUUGACUGUAUGCCUAAAAGUAUAAAUCGUAAUUCAUUUCUCCACGCUCUCUUAACAAUUAAGGAAUUGCUGCAGCGAGUGGCCUGACUGGAGCGGCAGGAGCUGCGGGAAAUCAAGGCUCCCCAGGAGCGGUUGGAGAUCCGGGUGCUCCUGGUCCGCCGGGACCUCCUGGACCGCCGGCAACAGCACCGCCCAUUUUAUAUGGUCCACCCCCCGGAAAGCCUUGGCCAGCAGGUUUGUGCUGUACUCUAUAUUAAAAAAAAUUAUGAUAAUAGCGAAAAGAGUACUGAUUAAUAAAUAUAUGGUAUCUUCAGAUUCCGAUCGUUGAGUGUUCUUUUUGUAAUUCAGACGAUCUCCAACCUACUUUUUCAAGUUAGCGGAAGAAUAAGGAUGGCACCAGUAAAACAGGAUAUCCAGUACGAAUAAUUAUUAUGAUCCGCAGCAGAUGUUUUGCCCAAAGACGGUGUGUGUCGCUCAAAAUAAAUUUGAACUGUCGCUCGUUGCGCGGAUCGGGCAAAGAAAUUUUAUCUCGGCCUUGCCUGUCUUCUGAACGCGCAAAAUGUUAGAAAUAAGAGUACGAUAACUUGAACGUACUAGCCUUACAAGCAAAAACAUUAUGCGAAAAGAGAUGCUUGUCCUCCUGAAACGUUAUAGUGAAAAACUUUAGUUUCAUUCUAAUUGUGGUCAUUUAUUUAUGUAUCCUGUCAAAAAGACCGGGUCAUCUUGGCCGGAUAUUGUCCGUUAACCGGCUGUUAAUUUGAGCCCUGAUCUAUUCCUGGCACUCUCAUCGCAGGUGUGCCGCUGCCAACCUGGACCAGCAAGGAAGGAGGAACUGGAGCAGACGGAGCACCAGGAACAGCAGGGGCACAGGGAAAUCAAGGCUCCCCUGGUACAAUGGGAGACCCAGGGGCACCUGGUCCACCGGGACCUCCAGGACCUCCGGCAACAGCACCACCUAUUUUAUAUGGUCCCCCACCGGGAAAACCUUGGCCAGCAGGUAUUAAAAAUUUGCGGACAAAAUACUCAGAUAUACCCAAGGAGGUAUUUUUAGUUUGAACAUGUACGUUCUUAGUUAAGAGAAUGAGAAGACAAACUUAUAAUUUCGCACUAGUUACACUGGUACCGUAUUAAAUUUCAUUUCAAUAGUUUUUGUGAGUAUUGCAGGAAAAUCAAUGAUUAUUCCCAAAAUCAGUGCAAUAAUUCCUCAUAAUUAUGCAAGAUUGAUGAUCUGCCGACUUCAUCGGCGUAAAGAUGAGAACAUGCUUUAACUUGGAGAAGAUAACAGUAUAUACAUGUAACUUAACCCCAUGCGACUUCGGCAUGUUAGGAGUUCCUCUCCCGAGUGGGCCAGAGAUGGGAACAGGAGCGGAUGGAGCAACCGGAACAGCAGGAGUUGCUGGAAAUCAAGGCUCCCCAGGAGCAGUUGGCGAUCCGGGCGCCCCUGGUCCACCGGGACCUCCAGGACCCCCGGCAACAGCACCCCCUAUUUUAUAUGGUCCACCACCUGGGAAACCUUGGCCGGCAGGUAUUACAAACUUGCUUUAAAUUAUUGUGAGUUUGUACGUACAUAAGUUUCAAGAGAACGAGGAAACAAGCGCGUAGGUUUGCACAGGUACUAUAUUUAUAUUUUACUUUCGAAGUUUUGGCAAACAUUGCAACAAAGAAAAUUUCCAAAAAUGUGUUAAUCUCCAAACCAUUACAAUAAUGCAAUGCAAUUAUCAAAGGGAGCGAAGGUCUGCCAACUACAAGGCGUAACGCUGAAAACAUGCUUUGACGUGCAGACAUGAGUUUCUGAACAUAGUGUUUACCCAUGCGACGUUGGCUAUUUCAGGAGUUCCUCUUCCGAGUGGGCCAGAAGUGGGAACAGGAGCAGACGGAGCACCAGGAACAGCAGGGGCACAGGGAAAUCAAGGCUCCCCUAGUACAAUGGGAGACCCAGGGGCACCUGGUCCACCGGGACCUCCAGGACCUCCGGCAACAGCACCACCUAUAUUAUAUGGUCCACCACCUGGAAAGCCUUGGCCAGCAGGUUUAGUUUCAAUCAUAUUUAAAUUAGAUUUUAGUGGUGCCAUCUAGUCUACUGAGUUUAAGUAAAUUCGCUGAGCUCGCGGAACCUGAAUUUACGCUCACCAUAAGUUCGCCAAGGUUGCCCACAGUCGACUCACCGCUGGAAACGUACUACAAUAAAGAGAAGUUGUCUUGAAUACCUUGUUAAAGCACCGGACAGUUUUUGAGUUACAGUCAUGUAAACGAAGUCUUAGCAAAAUCACUGAUAUAAGGUGCUUAAUCAAGUCAAAUGAUUUUCCCUCUGGUCACUGACCUUUCAUUAUUCUCGUUGCUUCAUCUAACCUAAGCUACGCACCACCAAGGGAUGUUAUCUACUGCUACUGGGGUCUCCGCUCAAUUAAAGAACUAUUUAAUUAGUGGCAAAAUCAAAAGAAUCUACAGUUGACUAUAACCAGUAUUACUUAAUAUCAUUCUCAUUAACUUUGGCUUUCCUUCGUGCAUCAGAAGUGGCUACAAGAGCGGACGGGGCUUACAUAAUAAUAAUGAGAGGCUGUUUCUCCCUUCUAUUUUUAGGAGUACCCUUGCCAGUUUGGCCUGAUGAUGGAGCAACACUGAAUCACAAACCAACGGGUAGGCGCCAGGCGGCUUUACCAGCUGGUCGGCUUUGCAGUCGAGGCAAUAAUCUUUAGCCAUGGAUACUUUAGAAGUUUGUGAUGAUAAGUCUUCUUCCUCACUAUCAUUUCCUUAAUUCUGACUCAAUAUGGCUGUGAGAGAAUAUGCAAAAUUAUAAUAACCGAUUAGGUAAAAAAGUUAAAGGCGUACUCUAGCAAGAGGCCCAAACGGCCGGAGCUUAUCCCGGUUUAUUAGCAUGAAGCAUGCGAAGGAGGACGAGAUGCUAUUCCAUCGUAAGGUUACCCCCCAGCAGUAUGUCGCCGGUACCCAUUUAUACACCUGGUUGAAGAGAGACAAUGUGGAGUAAAGUUCCUUGUCUAAGGAAACAACGAGACGGGCGAGGCCCUCCAGAUCCGGAGUUCGAUGUAUAAACCGCUCGGCCACACACGCCUUCUCAUAAUAUGCCAUUAAGAACGCUCAGAUAGAAUGCGCACCGUCCACUAGACGAUAGUUUACAGUCCAAUUACGAAAUGCAGAGACGCUUAAUGGAUAUUUUGUUUUGGUUGGUUAGCCAGCUGCUGCGGCACUCUUUAGCGGUGCUUGUGAAAUCAUUAUGACGAUACUACGAAAUCAUUAUGACGAUACUAAUGAUGAUGAUGACUUUGUUAUGCUGACGAUGAUGACGACGAUAAUGAUAUCAGCUAUUAUGAUUAAAUUUCGUAUUUUUUUUGUGAUAUUAGAACCAGUAGGCCCGGCAGCUCCUGCAGAUUCCACUGGUGCACAAGGCGCAACGGGUAAAAUACUUAUUCUUUUGUAGUGUCAGUAAAUGUAGUCUGUAAUAUUUGUCUCUUAUUACUUGUGUCUGUAAAAGUAAGUGCACUUUGAUCGUAAACGACGCAUUUACCAUGUCAUAUCAAGUAACGUUGCAUGCUUUUUCUUUUAAUAAGGACCAGUAGGACCCCAAGGUUCACAAGGGGAAAUGGGAGCGAUGGGAGCACCGGGUGCUCAGGGAGACCCCGGAUCAGCAGGACUUCCCGGGCCACCAGGACCACCUGGUCCUCCAGGCAUACCUGGUCCACCAGCUUCAAACGCGUCUUCUGUAACACCUCCCUUCACCUCUGCGGCUUCUGGAGCAGCUGGACCGACAGGUAGGAGAUUAUACAGUUAACUCCCGAUAUCUUGAACCCUUGCUAACUCGAACCAAAAUCGCUGUCCCCUCGAUUUCCGUCAUACAUUUACUGUAAUUUUACCCUCGGUAACUCGAACCCUCGAUAACUCGAAUCUCCCUCUAACUCGAAGUAAUUUUUGUUUCCCAUCAGAUCAUUUCUAUAUAAUUUUACCCUCGAUCAACUCGAAUCAUGUUUUGGGCCCUUAAAAAGUCGGGAAAAAAACAGUGUAAUGGCGUCCGAAACAUUGAAUUUUGAAUUUGCCAUUGAGGUGUGGUAGGCAUAUACUUAGAUUACUAGUGGAUCGAUAGUGGAGUCUGAUGUUGUUUGUCACAAAUCUAACGUCAAACAGCUUUACUUGUCAAAAAGUAGAAUGCAUGCUCUAUUUAGGCAAUGUUUUGUUACUUUACGUUCUGAUUUGUUACUAUCGGGAGAUUUCCCAUUAAACUCACGCUAUAAUUCUAAUCAUGAAAAUAUGCCUUUCAAGAGAUUGAGAUCCAGGGCAAUUUAUUAGAUGCAACACAGAAUAUUAAACAUACAAAAAAAAUAAAAUCAUAGUUGUAGGUAAGGCAAGGCAAAUCAAUUUUCAAUUGGCAAGUUUAUGUUGUACAGACCAUAUUGCUUCAAUCUUGUUUCCGAGGCAAAUUUUGUAUCAUUCAGGUAUGACGGGACCUAAGGGUCCUCAAGGAGACCAGGGAGCAAUGGGCGCAAUGGGAGCACCAGGGGAUCAAGGUGAUCAAGGAGCCGCAGGACCCCCUGGACCCCCAGGGCCACCAGGACUUCCCGGAAUACCUGUUACUUCUACGAGCGCUGCCCCUGUUAGUCCAGCUGCAGGAGCAUCUGGUCCCACAGGUCAGGACUUCUGACAAACUUGAAAUGUAUAGUCAUACUUUAGAAAAAAAAUUCGAAUUAUUUCCAAGAAGCCAUUUGAUGCUGACACUGAUCCUAUAUUAGCUUAUAUUCAAAAGUUUGCAAAUACUGAAUUCUCUCAAAUUUACUUUUUUCAACUUGAAAAGUUUAUGUGUUCUUAUAAAUUAAGCCUGCUUCCUAAUGUAUUCAAAGAAAUGUUUUUAACGACCAAUCAAGUUCAUUCCUAUAAUACCAGAAAUUCAAAAACACACUAAUUAUUUCCUGCAUGAACCAAUAUAAGACUUUUUCGUAUAAGAUUUCAGGGUCCUACAAUUUUCAGUUCACUUAAUUACGAUAUAAAAAGUGCUGCUACUACUAUCUUGAAAACAUUUCAUUUUAGCUGAUUCACCAGUUGUAAAUAACACUUGUUUUUUCCUUUUUUCUGUCUUGGUUUGCUUGCUUUUUAUCCUAAUUAUGUUUUAGUAUGAUUUCGCCGCUUAUUUAUUUAACAAUUAAUGAAUGAGGCUGAGUAUCUUAUGAGGAAUGACGGAGAUACGAUCUCCAUAAUUCUUCAUAUGAUACGAACGCCAAAUUCAAUAAUUGUUUUGUUAUUCAUUCAAAAUAAUUCCUAGUUUAAAUACAUAGCUAAAACAUGCUUACCUCCAUCGAUGUUAAGUUGAUCUUCGCUAGAGCACGUUUAGGGUUGUUCAGCUCCGCAAAUAUUCUCCAAAUAGCAGAUGUCGCCCUUCGAGUUGUCUUCUUGCUGUUCUUGCCAUGUUUUUAGCUAUUAUUUCGCCUAGUUCUUACUCUUGAAACUAGUGAAAUGUCCCCCAUCAGUAGCUGGUUAUGGUGAAUUAUGCGCGUGCUUUUAGCCAACCAGAAUCGGGAAAAUAUUUUGAAUGAAUAAUAAUGAUUAUUAGUCUUAGGUUAAGGAGGGAGCUCAUAUAAUAAACCCCAAGGGUUUAUUAUAUUAUUUAUUUAUUAUAUAAGGUUAAUUCUUUUACAUACAAUUACGUCUCUUUAAUAUUUAACUGAUAUUUUUGUAAUGUCUUGAAUGUCUUUUUGUAUACAUAUAUAUUUUUCUGGCUAAUAAACUGAAACUGAAAUUACAAUUAAUGGUUUUGGGGAUGCUGUUUCAUGAAUAUUAGAUGUUCGAGUUUCUUAUCAAAUUUACUCCAUUUCUUCAGGUGCAACUGGUCCCAAGGGUCCUCAAGGAGACCAGGGAGCAAUGGGAGCUAUGGGAGCUAUGGGAGCGCCAGGGGAUCAAGGGGAUCAAGGAGCCGCAGGACCCCCUGGACCACCGGGGCCACCAGGACCUUCCGGUAUUCCUGCUACUUCGUCAAGCACUGCCCCCAUAACUCCAGUUGCCGCUGGAGCUUCUGGUUCCACUGGUGAGUACUUCCGAAUGCCUAAGCAACUUGGGGUGUAGCUUUAUAGAUAGGGGGCUAAAAUCUCUAAAGAUUAAAACCUCUAUUUUAUGUUCCAGGUUUAACUGGACCUAAGGGUCCUCAAGGAGACCAGGGAGCAAUGGGAGCUAUGGGAGCACCAGGGGAUCAAGGUGAUCAAGGAGCCGCAGGACCCCCUGGACCACCGGGGCCACCAGGACCUUCCGGUAUUCCUGCUACUUCGUCAAGCACUGCCCCCAUAACUCCAGUUGCUGCUGGAGCUUCUGGUCCCACUGGUGAGUACUUCCGAAUGCCUAAGCAACGUGGGGUGUAACUUCAUAGAUAGGGGGCUCUAAUUUUUAAAGAUUAAAACCUCUAUUUUAUGUUCCAGGCUUAACUGGACCUAAGGGUCCUCAAGGAGACCAGGGAGCAAUGGGAGCUAUGGGAGCACCUGGGGAUCAAGGGGAUCAAGGAGCCGCAGGACCCCCUGGACCACCGGGGCCACCAGGACCUUCCGGUAUUCCUGCUACUUUUACAAGCACUGCCCCCAUAACUCCAGCUGCUGCUGGAGCUUCUGGUCCCACUGGUGAGUACUUCCGAAUGCCUAAGAAACUUGGGGUGUAGCUUUAUAGAUAGGGGGCUCAAAUUUCUAAAGAUUAAAACCUCAUUUUUUCCAGGCUUAACUGGACCUAAGGGUCCUCAAGGAGACCAGGGAGCAAUGGGAGCUAUGGGAGCACCUGGGGAUCAAGGCGAUCAGGGAGCUGCAGGACCCCCAGGACCACCGGGUCCACCUGGUCUCCCAGGAAUACCGGCAACUAGUCCCUCCCUACAUGCAUGUCCAGCAAUUUGUGAUAAAUUUUGUGUUGGUUUCUGCCCUAAAUUAAACUGCUGUAAAAAGUCUCAAAUCCCUGCAAAAAAGGCGCUUAUGAAAGACAAGCAGAACAUUAUGCCGAAAAUAGUUGAAUUAUCAGUAAAUAGCCCCAAGGUGGCUUUGGUACCACAGCAGGCAAAGACAAAUUUACAGGUGAAACCAAGUGUUCAGGGACACCCGAUAGCCGUCACACAAAUACAUGGCCAUCCCCAAGUCCAGAUGAAAGAAAUGAAUCCAGGCAAAACUCAAAAUAACGCGAAAAGGAAUAAGAUUAGGCACAUUAAACACAAGAAAUUAAAAUAG